AUGGAGAUCCCUAUGAUAGAAUUCAGUGAUCUCGAAGGUCAGAAGAAGGACAAAACAAUGGUGCUUCUGCAUCAAGCCUGUGAGAAAUGGGGCUUCUUCCAAGUUGAGAACCAUGGAAUAGACAAGAAGUUGAUGGAAAAGGUGAAGCAGCUGGUGAACUCACACUAUGAAGAUAAUUUGAAGGAAAACUUCUAUGAGUCAGAGAUGGCUAAAAGGUUGAACAACAAAGAUAAUUUAAAUGAUACGGACUGGGAAAGUAGCUUUUUUAUUUGGCAUCAUCCAAAAUCUAACAUCAAUGAAAUUACAAAUCUUAUUUGA